AUGUAUAACAAAAUAGUAAGGACACAGCCAUUAAAGCUUGUAACAAGAGAUUUGGAAGAUUCACUAGUGAAAUUAAAGCUCAAUUCUACGUGGAAGAUAAAUGAAAAUCGUACCUCACUUAUAAGGGAAUGUGUUUUUCCUGAUUUCGAGAGCACUUGGGCAUUUCUUACAAGAGUAUCAAUGAGAUCACAUCUUUGGGGUCAUCAUCCCACGAUAACGACCAGUUUUAAUAAAGUCAAGUUGGAAUUGAGCACGCAUGAUUUGGAUGAUAAAGGUGCCAUAAGUGAUAUUGAUUUGAAAAUGGCAAACAGGAUUGAAAAAUACAUAAAUAUAUACAACGAUAAGAUAAGAAAUUUAGACUGA